AAAAAAAAAAAAACUUUCCUCUAUAAAAAGGAAGAGUUUUUAGUUUUCACGAGAGUUCUGUUGUGUUGGGAUCCAUAGUAAUCAUCUCUCUCGCGUCCGUCGUGAGAGAGAUCCAGACAUAUCUUUAACAGCAAAAGCUGCUUCUGGGUUCAAUCACUCCAUCCAUUCAUUCAUGGGUUUAUGUUUCAUCACUCCAUUCGUGAAUUCUUGCUGAUUUCAGGGAUUUUUUUUUCCUCGUGGCUCUGAAAAAGCGAACUUGUAUUUUCGCUUGUGCCCCAUAUAAGGUUAUAGAAUGUCUAGGCCUCUGCAUCGAGGUGCAACAGGGAUACGGAUCUCUGGGAACAGCAAUGAUUUAUGGGACUCCCAAAUGAAAGAUAAAACAGAAAAGGAAGAUAUGGAUAGGAAUCGUUCUUCUGAUCAAAGUUAUUUAGCUCUGAAGUUUCCUUUCCGUGUACUUUUUCCUGAUAAUAAUUCUCCUUCCAAAUAUGUCAACGGUGAAAGUGGCUUUGCAUCUGAUCCAUUCAGUGUCGGAAGUCCAAGAAGCCGACACAAAUUAACAUUGCUACUUUUGAAGUUGAGCUUAGCUGUGAUUGUAGUUCUUGCUCUUACCGGAUCUUUUUGGUGGACGAUCUCAAUAUCGACAUUGUCAAGGGGUCAAAUAUUACACACUUAUAGGCGACUCCAGGAGCAACUUGUUUCUGACAUGUGGGAUAUUGGGGAGCUAUCUCUUGGUUCCUCGAGGUUGCAAGAAUUGGAGUUCUGUUCUCAAGAGUCUGAAAUUUAUGUUCCUUGCUUCAAUGUUUCCGAGAAUCUUGCUUUGGGAUAUUCUGAUGGUAGCGAGAAUGAUCGUCAUUGUGGGCAGAGUUCGAGGCAAAGUUGCAUGGUGCUUCCUCCUGUAAAUUAUAGGAUCCCUCUUCAUUGGCCUACGGGAAGAGACAUCAUCUGGGUUGCAAAUGUAAAACUUACUGCACAAGAGGUUCUUUCAUCUGGUAGUUUGACAAAGAGGAUGAUGAUGUUGGAUGAAGAGCAGAUUUCUUUUCGUUCAGCCUCUCCCAUGUUUGAUGGUGUUGAAGAUUACUCACAUCAAAUUGCUGAAAUGAUUGGACUGAGAAAUGAAUCCAACUUUGUACAAGCUGGGGUGAGAACCAUUUUGGAUAUAGGAUGUGGUUAUGGUAGCUUUGGAGCACAUCUCUUUUCGAAGCAGCUCUUAACUAUGUGCAUUGCAAACUAUGAGCCUUCAGGCAGUCAAGUUCAACUUACUCUUGAAAGAGGUCUUCCUGCGAUGAUUGGUUCUUUUACUUCGAAUCAAUUGCCAUACCCUUCUCUUUCCUUUGAUAUGUUGCAUUGUGCACGAUGUGGUGUUGAUUGGGACCACAAAGAUGGUAUUUUUUUAAUCGAAGCUGACAGAGUUUUGAAGCCCGGUGGGUAUUUUGUCUGGACUUCACCACUUACCAAUGCUCGUAACAAAGAGAACCAGAAAAGGUGGAACUUUGUACGAGAUUUUGCUGAAAAUCUCUGCUGGGAGAUGCUGUCACAACAAGAUGAAACUGUUUUAUGGAAAAAGACCAGUAAAAAAAGCUGCUAUAGUUCACGGAAGCCCGGUGCAGGCCCUUCCACCUGCAGUAAAGCUCAUGAUGUUGAAUCUCCUUAUUAUAGACCACUCCAAGGGUGCAUAGCUGGAACACAGAGUCGCCGAUGGAUUCCUAUCCAAGAGAAGACAUCCUGGCCUUCUAGGUCUCACUUGAACAAGAGUGAGCUUACAGUAUACGGCCUGCAUCCAGCAGACUUUAGGGAAGAUGCAGAGAACUGGAAAACAACACUCCCUAAUUAUUGGUCUGUUUUGUCACCAAUAAUAUUCUCUGAUCAUCCUAAGAGACCUGGUGAAGAGGAUCCUUCUCCACCUUAUAACAUGGUCCGGAAUGUACUAGACAUGAACGCUCAUUUUGGCGGUUUCAAUUCAGCACUACUGGAAGCCGGGAAGUCUGUAUGGGUAAUGAAUGUGGUCCCAACAGGAGGACCAAACUACCUUCCCUUGAUAGUGGACAGAGGCUUGAUCGGUGUACUGCAUGAUUGGUGCGAGCCAUUCCCGACUUACCCUAGAAGUUAUGAUUUAGUGCAUGCGGAAGGGCUCUUAUCCCUUCAAACCCGUCAGCAGCGCUGGUGCACCAUGCUGGAUCUAUUCACCGAGAUAGAUCGGUUACUUCGUCCAGAGGGUUGGGUGAUAAUGCGUGACACAGCUCCACUUGUUGAAUCAGCAAGAAGGCUGACUACACGGCUGAAGUGGGAUGCACGAGUUAUAGAAAUCGAAAGUAACAGUGACGAUAGACUCCUUAUCUGCCAGAAACCUUUCUUUAAGAGACAAGGAGUCUCGUCUUGAGCUUUGCAAAUGGAACUCGAGAAAGUUAUAUCAUACUAUUCAUAUUCAUUUUGUCAUGUUAAUUAAUGAUCAUGAAGCUUCGCCAUAUAAAGGAAGAUAAAAAGUUUUGAACAGAAAGAAGAAACAAGAAAGCAAAGGAGAGGAGAGGAGAGGAAACAUGGAUCAUGGUGGAACCAACCACAACUCUCAGAAGCCGCAAGGCUUAUGCAGGACCAUGUAAUUACUCAAGUUGAGGUGCUGAGCAAAUGAGAAGUAUAGAAUAGGGUUUGAUUUAAAUUUAUUUUUCAUUUUUGAUGUGAUGUCAAAUUAUAACACUAUACAACCACAUGAUCAAGACUGUGAAGAUGAUUACAGGAUGAGCAAAGUCCUAUUUACUUGAUGUGGUAUAUAAAAAUGCUUGGCUGUUCAUUCAUCAAUUGGAAGAAAUAUAUUUAUUUUCAUCA